GACUCUUUCGUGUGCAACUUCCACCUUAGUCCCUCCAGCGAUGCUGCCACAUACAGAAAGUUUCUGAGAGGCUAAGCAAUCACGAGUAUAGCGACGCUACGAAGCCAGGACACACUGGGGGGCACUGCUAGUUAGACCGAGCUGGUUUUUCUCAAGAAGAAGCACUGGAUCUUGGAAUGGAUGGUCGCCAAGUCUUGCUAGGAGACGAAGCGGUGAUGCCAUGGGGGUUGUCCAUUCCGGCACAGGAGAAUGGAUCAAUUUCCAGCAAUGCUCAACUCGAUGCUGCAGGAGCCACCUCUUCAACACCCACAAAUAACCCAUUGGCUUACACCGGUGGCUUGGAAUACGUCUCCCAGAGCCCAGGAGGCUCUGAACCCAACGUCUCUUUCACAGCACAAAGACUCUGGGACUUCCCAACGACCAGCUCCCACUUCGAGGUUUCAACGAUGAUGGACUGGCACGGAGGGGAUUCUGACUCGCUGUCAGUGAGCGACACUCUGGGCGACGUUACUGAUGGAAGACAAAUGACAUCUCUAGAACCAUUAAGUCUCAUCCCUGAAGGCCAUUACUCUCUCGGCGAAGACCAGUACACCCUUGUCGGAGACCAGUACUCUCUCGGCGAAGACCGGUACACCCUUGUCGGAGACCAGUACACCCUUAGCUACCCCACUGCUGCUUCUUAUUCACAGAAUACUGGUAACCAGUUCGCUGCGACAAGCUGGGAUUCCUUGGCACCCGGUAACCCAGAGGCACAAACUCAAUCACCUGGCACUCAACCACAAAUAAGGAGGAAAACAACCAAAUGGCACGAACUACCACCACAAUCCGACCCCUCACUGGAGGCGAAGAGACAGAGAGCCAUUAAGGGACGGAAGAACAGAGAGAGGAUAAGGGUAAAGGAGAAAGAACUGACAGAAACGCUAAAUAACGUGACGGAGGACGUACAGAAGUUGAUCAGCCAGAGAGAGAGACUGCAGACCAUGACCACUAACCUACAGUCACACUUAAUAAUGUACAGGACCAAGGGUACGUCUGCUGUACCUGCUGUACCUGCUCAGUCUGCUGACUAUCUACCUCGCGACAGAAGAACGUAAAGCAU